AUGUCUCGAUUUUUGUUUCGUAGUGUACGACAUAUUCACAUUGUUGGUGACACGCAGCUAUGUGCGCGUGUAUUCAGUGUACAAAACUGUCGCCCGAUUUCCAAGUCAAUGAAAACAUUAUCUUGUGGAUAUUUUGAAAGUGUCACCAAAACAACCAAGUUGCGUCAGAACAUUUUCCCGGAAGUUGGAUAUGUUAAAGUAAAUCCGUGCGUUUUGCAACAAGUGAAACGGUUGUCGAUCAGCUGUGUACACGGGAAAGAUGAAAAUAACAUUAACAGUGACUCAAAUUAUAACAAUAAAGGAAAAUCAGUUUUAGGACAUGUACAGGGAAAACUCCACAUACAGUAUACGUGCAAAGUGUGUAAUACACGUAUGGCUCAUACAUUCUCCAGACAUUCAUAUGAGAAAGGAGUUGUCAUAGUGACGUGUUCGGGAUGUAACAAUCAUCAUCUUAUUGCUGACAAUCUCGGCUGGUUUGAGGAUGUCGGCAAACGAAAUAUAGAGGAGAUACUAGCUGAGAAGGGUGAGAAAGUGAAGAGGUUAUCAGCGGAUGGCAGUUCUAUAGAAGUGAACACACCAGAGAUAGAUAGUGCGGACGGAUCAUGACAUUUUACAGAAAUAAAGAGGAAACAUUAGCGGCGAAGGGCGAUCACGUGAUGAGGUUAUCAGCGGACGGCAGUUCUAUAGAAGUCACAAGUAGAUAGUGAAAAAGGAUUGUGACUUUUCA